CACGGUAAUUAGUUUUAACAUUGCUGAAAGAGCCAUAAAUGUGUGUUGUCUUAAAGAAACUAGCAAACAAUUGUAUGACGUAGAUCUGUGGCUCCUCCAAUGCCAGCAACAGCAGGAAUGCAUAGCUAAGGCGUUCUUAUGUCGUGUUAUGUUAAUGCUACCACUACAUGACAAUUCUCUCUGUCUUUUUUCGUCGAUAGUGGGUGAUCGUAGGCGAACACCAUCCGUGACAGUGAGCGUACGAGCGAGUGGUUAGAGUCUAACUUGGUUGCAGUACGAAGCUGCCCCAAACGCAUUGCGUUGUAGCUUUGUGUGUCUUUCUGCUUGUCGAAAGUACGAAGAAGUAGGUGUUAUUCGAAGCAUCAGUAGCAGCAACUUAAUCGUCCGCAACAACGACGGGUCGUGCGGAAGCUGCAGCUGGUGUUUAUUUGGAACAACAUUUACAGCUACGCUAUAACUUGCAGUUGUAGCAAUAUAAGGUCGUUAUACGAUAACUAACUACUACUACUAUCACAAUAGAACAAUAUUAAGUCAUCGGUGAAGCGUUAGUGAAGGCCGCGAAGGUGCUGUGGAACCAUUCAGUGACGAACAGCGGUGGCUAACAACCGUCAGACAACUUAACAUUGCCCGCAGGACAAGAAGGCCAGCAGCCUUUGAUCGAGUAUAGAAUAACGACGGUGAACGAGGAAGUUCGUCGCUACCGUGCUAGAAUGGUGAGACACUAGUAAAGUAGUGAGGAUCUGUAACUGGCAUUUUAUGUUUUUGUCGUGAACGGUUGUCGAUCAGCAAACAGGCGACUGACGGUGUUCGUGAAAACGGUGACCGCUGCUGCUACUGCGCUAAGACCAGACGGAAGGGAUGUGUUAGCAACGUCGGCAGCAGUAAAGAGCACGAGGAGAGGCUUCUAUAGUCGGUUAGAAACCAAACGCGGACAGGCAAGGAGACAGUCGUUGCUUCUUGAGCGCGUUUUUGCGUCCUGCCUCCCUAACGACGGUGAUUACGGAUUGCGCAAACGUACGUACACCUCUAUCUGAUGUAUAUGACAAGGGUGUAUAUGCGUCGCGUCGGUUGCCUUCUACUUCGUCCCGUAGAGUAGCUUGUGAGUCUUCUAGCAUACCUAUGUAGAGACAGCGUGUAUAGCAAACUACAAGGCGGAUUCUAUAGAACCUAGCGCAGAUCCGCUGUGAAUAUUUUUGUGUGUCGUUGGCGGUCGUUAUGCAUUGUGGGCGAUAAUAAACAAUAUGAUUAUGUUGCCAAGCCUAUAGUCGAUGUGUUUAUUCAGGAGGUUCACGGUGCGCUGUUGUUAACAACCCAGCAUUCAAGGGUUCUGAAGAACGUUUGCUAAUACCUCAAUCGUACCUCGUCUUAACAAACGUCAGUGGUGAACGAAGACAACAACGACGUUGCCGUAUAAUAGCGUUACUGAAUAGACCCACCAAACCUAAACCACAUAGGGGAAGGUCUGUAUGUGCAUCUUGUCGUGUGAAAUAUCGACCCAUGAUAGAAUGGAAACGCCAAGGAACUCCCGAGUCAAGACCCAUCAUGAGCUGCUUCACAGCAGAGAUUUUCAGUGCUUUUGCUGUCUGCACGUCCGUACUGGCACAAUCGCACUGGGCCUUCUGCACGUGAUGAUGCAGAUGGCCAUCGUCGCUGUGAUUGCUACCGCCCUAUUGAAUCCCGAAUUGUUGAAUGAUGGUAACGCUUCGAAGGAGACUCUUGUCGAGACCAUCGAUUUGGACCAGACUCGCAUCGACGUCCAUCAGACUACUCUUAAGCAGCUAUCAGCUACGAUGCGUACUACGCGGCAGGGCCUCUACUACGAGCUGUUGCAAAGCACGUUUUUCGGUUUCGCGUCAAUGAUGCUCAUGUAUGGGGCCAUCUGGGGUCAACCAUCAUAUCUGAUGCCUUUCUUUGUCAUAAUGUGCUUUGACUUCGCCAAUGCGAUGCUGCGACUCGUCGGAAGCUUUGCGGAACGUCACGUACCGGCGCACGCCGGGGAUCCCUCGAGCGGUUUCUAUGUCAUGAUGACGGUAAUUCUACGGGCGUACCUGCUCAAUAUGGUGUGGUCUUGCUACAAAUUUUUAAGGCUUCGUCAGGAGCUUCUACGCAAUCCACCGGCGACAAUAGUAAGUCAGCCGCCGACCGUUCCACGACCAGCGCACGGGUCAAACGCUGAGGCUAGCGUACUUCUACCGGAUUAUGAGGCCACGCAGAAACAUCCGUAUACCUUCUAUCCAGCUCCACCUCCGCCAUACGCGACAGCCGUGCAGAUGCCCGGCGUCGAUCAGCUGGUUGCUCCCCCACCUUCGUAUCAGGACAUCGCUGGAACAUCGCAGCAACAGUUACCCCAGUCUCAAUCGCAACUGCAACCGCAGCCAUUGCGAGUGGUCGUUCUGCCAGAAGCGACAGGGGUCCCACUGGUAGUCGCUGCAACACCUGCGGCUGGUAACCAUAGAGCAGCCACGGGAGGCGAGUUUGAAGACGGCGUUGGCAGUGCCAUUAUCCGCGCAAUAUCCGCAGAUGAGGCUCAAGCGGGCGAUGCCGUGGGUGAGACCGAUUCUCCACAAUAUUCAGUACUCGCCAACCAAGAGACUCAACCCGCUACUGCUGUUUCGAACGCGGCAACAGCAUCAUCCAAGAAAAAGGAGGAUGGGAAGGAGAAUGCUGCGAAAGCCGGAAAACAUAACGACACGAGCGAAUAAGCCUGUGUUUACGUUUGUGCCCUUUCACGUAAAAAAGAAUAAUCGUCAUUGCUAUUUAAUGGGAACACAUUUCAUACUAGCAACAAAAAGGACUAUAGAGAAGUGACAAACAUAACGAACGUAUAAUGAUAAAGAUUUCGUGUGACACAUCAUAUGGAUGCGUCCGCAAAAUAAGUACCGUUCAGGUACGGGCGGAUGUAAUUCAGUGUUCAGUAUAAGAAAAGGAAGAAACGAAAUUAUUUGUAAAACAAAACAAAGCUAUUAAAUAAACGUGGAACCAUAAUGAAGACGGAGGGAUACGGGAAUGAUAAAUAGUUCGUACAGCGAAUCCGCACAAGCCUCCACGAAGACCAGAUGCGAUCAAGUGGAUGAGCUAGGGCAGAAUGAGGCUCUAGUCGAUUUGCCGUGGAGGCAUUGAACGCUUUAGGGGAAGGUGAUAUUUUGAAUUCUCCCAACAGCGCUUACAUAUGAUGAUGGAGGUGGCAUUGAUUCUUUGCCGUGAUUGUCACCGCACUGCUAGAUCCCGUUCAACUGAAUAAUGUGGAAAAGUUCGUUGAGCCCAUCAACGAUUUUACGAGUAUCGCUUAAAACUUCAUUGAGACACCCUUACGAAGCUACCAACGGAACGAAAAACAACAAUCUUAGUAGUCGUUAAACACGUUUGGGGUAAGGCAGACCCGGAAAAAAACCGUAAAUAAAUAUUAUUAGAGCCAUGAAAAACCGGAAUAGCAUCGCCGACUCUGACA